AUCUUCAAGACUUAUCUGUAACGAUCAGUUCUAGCGUGUAGCCGCUACCGAGUAAACCGUAGUAAUAUUCGCUCUCGUAGUAAAGUUCUAAAUUGCUUCUGGACACGGUUGACAUAUAGUCAUAGUGCAAUGGCAUUCGGUGUGAAGACUGGGUUGACUCUGACCGUUUUUCAGCUCCUGGUCACGCAGAUUUAUUGCCAAUCCUCCUCGGAAACUCGACCACCAACAUUCUUCUGUACCGAUUUGAAUCCUCAAAAUAGCUUGGAUCUGGAGCAAAUUAUGGGCAUGUGGUAUGGAAGCGAAAUUCUCGUACAUGACGAUAAUGAAGGACACGAAUCAUAUUACAGAACAUGUGUGGUAAUUCAUCUUGCGGAUAUAACGUCCCAGAUUUUAAAGUCGGGCGAUGGCAGUCAGCACCAUUAUGGGAAGGAGUAUGACGACCAACAUGGAUUGCAAGAAGGCGACCACAGACAAAUCAGUAGAACCAGAAACAACAACAUGCGCUAUUUACGGCUGAUAUGGGAUGAAAAAGGCUCAAAUCUAGAAUACACAUUGCGAUACAACAGUUCGCGCGCGGGCUUUUGGAUCUCGUCUGGACCACAAAAAGGGACGAUGCUUGAGUUCCAAUAUAUCCAAUUUAGUGGCACCGUCCAAGUAAUGAAAGCCGUAGGCAAUCAUCUCGUGCUAACAUUUUGUAACAACACGCCUGGCAGUCACCUGUUCACCGUUGUCCUUGGCAGGAAGCCUAAUUCUCUAACAUAUGAAGAUAUCCAAAGUAUCAGGAACCUAUUGAAACAUAGGGGACUAUCUACAUCGGCGAUCCGAAAAGUCUGCACGAACGGUGGCGCAUCGUUGUCUUCCUCAUUAACGUUAUUGAUGUUUAUAAUCUUAAAAGCAAGCAGUGUAAUCUCUUGAACGAAAUUAUUGUUAAUUUGGAAUAUCAUUAAUAAAUAAUUUCUUGAAGACAA